AUUCCUUGACAGUUUAGUUAUAUACAUAUUUCUAUAUGCAAUUCAUACCCUUUAUUUAGGAUAUAAAUCGAAAAAAUUCAAUUAUAAUCCGGUCUAUUCCUGCUGGCUGCAACUAAUGUGGACGUAGGGAAAAAUCCUUUAUUUUUGCAUUUCUUAGCUGUUCAGUCUAAGUGUCUCUAUUGAUGACUGCCGAUACUCUCAUGUUUCUCGAGCAAAACAGUCGACAAUAUGUCAUUGAUAAUAUAUUAAUAUAUAUCAUAUCAAUAUUAAUCUUAUAGUGUCAUGUGUAUCGUUUUGAACAUGACAUUGUAUUAACAGUUCGAGUUAUCCCAGAGGCAUCUGAGGGCGUUGGUAAGUCUACCUCCAGUUUCAGGAGGCUAAUCACAGAAACGUUUCUUGUUUAAAUUGUCUGUGAAAAUGUGAACACACAGGAAGUUACUUGGGACUGCAAACUGCAAACCCUGCAACAAGUUUUGCCUUUUGGGUACAAACCUAAAUCCAAGACCUGCACUUUUGACUUUAAGGAGCCUAAAUCUCAUUGCAAUUUAUCCACUUCAAAACAAGUUGUAUUGCUACUUUUGUGCCAUCUGUCCUUCUGUAACUCCUAAUUCUCCUAUUUGCCCAAUUGACAGCAAUCCUUAUUUCUUCCACGACAUUCCUGAAAGAAUUUAAGCUAGGGUUGUAAAUACUGAUUGCAUAAAACUCAACUCAAUUAAUUAUGAGUGAGGUAUGGACUUCAAUAUAUAGAGAUUACAAGAUGAGGUUGGUUGCAGUAUAAACAUAUCAUCUGAUUACAUUUGAAAUUCAAAACUAAGUUACACAGAAGUUUUAGAUAAGGAAGGAUUGUGAUUCCUUUCUAUCUGUUGAAGAGUUUGAAGAGUAUCCAACUUGUGUAGCUGACUUGGAGAGUCUUUUACCAUGCAUUGCUGACGUGGAGAAGGAUCCUGAAUAUUUGGUUUAUCAAUUCCUUCAUAUAAAUUUGGAUGGAUGCAGCUGCAAAUUAAAUCAAACUUCCAAUUCAUCACAAAAAAAAAAUGAAGAAAUGCAACGUUUCAGUUCUUUCCCAAUAUUUGCUUCUCCUGAAGAUCCUGCUGUUACUAGGAAUGACUAUCGGAGAUCCAAGAACGAAGACGGUCCAAGUAAUGUGCGGCAACCAACGUGAGCACAACACAACCGUGUUUGUUCCGAAUGUUGCCAGCACGAUGGAAAACAUCAGUGAACAAAUGCGAACUUCCGGCUUCGGAGUGGCAGUCACAGGUUCAGGCCCCGACACCGAGUACGGCCUAGCUCAAUGCUACGGAGACCUUUCUCUUCCAGACUGUGUGUUAUGCUACGACGAGGCGCGUACAGUGUUUCCCCAAUGUUUUCCUUACACUGGGGGUCGGAUUUUUCUCGACGGUUGCUUCAUGAGGUCCGAAAACUAUAGCUUUUAUGAGGAGUUUAGAGGAUCGGAAGACAGGGUUAAGUGUGGGAACACGACGAGGAAGAGUUCGGCAUUUGGAGACUCGGCAAGGCAGGUUGUGAAGCGUGCGAUUGAGUCUGCGCCAAGCAACCGAGGAUAUGCAAGGGGUGAGGUGAGCGUGAGUGGGAUAGAAAAUGAGUUAGCUUAUGUGUUGGCUGAUUGCUGGAGAACUUUAGAUGAGAGCUCUUGCAGACAGUGUUUGGAAAAUGCAUCUGCAUCAAUGUUGGGAUGCUUGCCUUGGUCCGAGGGGCGAGCGUUGUACACCGGGUGCUUCAUGAGGUAUUCAAACACAGAUUUUCUCAACAAGGAAAUGGGAAAUGGAAGCUCCAGAGGUACCACAAUUGUCAUAGUAGUUUUAGUUGUCAGCUCCUUGGUAGUUUUGGUAGUUGGAGUAGCCAUUGGAUUUUAUAUCUGGAAGCACAGAUAUAUACAAAAGAAAAGAAGAGCUGCUUCAGAGAAAAAGCAAUUCGGAGCUCUGUUUGCCACUGUGAAUAAGUCCAAACUCAAUUUUUCAUACGAAGUUCUCGAGAAGGCCACAAAUUACUUUCAUGAUACCAACAAGCUUGGACAAGGAGGAUCUGGCUCGGUGUAUAAGGGAGUUCUGCCGGGUGGAAAUGUUGUUGCCAUAAAGAGGCUGUUCUUCAACACAAGGCAAUGGGUGGAUCAUUUCUUCAACGAAGUUAAUUUGAUCAGCGGAAUUCAUCAUAAAAAUCUUUUAAAGCUGUUGGGGUGCAGCAUUACAGGCCCCGAGAGCCUUCUUGUUUAUGAUUCAUCCCUCUAUGAAUUCUCAGUGAAAAACAAUGUGGAGCCACUGAGGUGGGAUUUGAGGUAUAAAAUCAUACUGGGAACAGCUGAGGGCUUGGCCUAUCUUCACGAAGAAUCGAAAUUGAGGAUCAUUCAUAGGGAUAUAAAACUGAGCAACAUUCUGCUCGACGAGGAAUUCAAUGCAAAGAUUGCUGAUUUCGGACUUGCUAGAAUGUUCCCUGAAGAUAAAACUCACAUAAGCACUGCCAUUGCUGGCACACUAGGUUAUAUGGCUCCAGAGUAUGCCGUUCGUGGCAAGUUGACUGAGAAGGCAGAUGUUUACAGUUUUGGAGUUCUUGUCAUCGAAGUCAUCUGUGGAAGGAGGAACAAUUCUGUCCUUUCAAGUUCGACUUCUAUCCUACAGAUGACUUGGGAUCUUUAUGGAACUUGUAGGUUACGUGAAGCUGUCGAUCCACUCCUAGAAGGUAAGUUUGAAAAUGAAGAAGCAUCUCGGUUACUUCAGAUAGGGUUACUUUGUGUGCAAGCUUCAGCAGAGCUGCGGCCGGCAAUGUCAUUAGUCGUAAAAAUGCUUACCGAAAAUCUUGAGAUUCCUCAGCCAACACAACCCCCAUUUCUCAAUUCUGGUACCGCAAAAUUCAACAGGAGAAUUCCUUCAGGAAGUCUCAAUUCACUGCCCGCGGAGUCCAACACGCAAUCUUCAAGAAUAGCAUGACCCAAAGCUGGAUUGAGCCGAGAUGAACAUUUUGUAUUUGUCAUCAUCCACGAUGUAAAUGUUGCGAGUUCAGAUGAUCUAUGAGCUUAAGCAAUUCCUACAGACUUGUGAAUGUCAAAUGAUCCAGCCCCGCAGCUCCUAGAGUCUAAUUACAGUCAAAUUUUGUGCAACUUCUAUAUGUUUUCACAACAUGGGUAAGUAGACCUGAAUGCCCUUUGUAAAAUAUACGUAGAGAAUUAUAUUAUUGAUAUGCAAUCUUUUUAUUUUGAAAUGAUACGAUUGUCACAAUGUCACGUUAUCAGUUUUCUUGUAAUAAACUUUUCGAGAUUUUGUUUGUAUUAGGCAGUUUUGGUGUACUUCUCGAAUAAAAUCAAAAUCAAAGUUACGAAA